GCUCCCGCGGGAAACGGACGAAUAUUCGCGUCCUGGUGCUCGAGUGGGCCUCUUCUCGCAAGGAUGACUGGCCGACGGUUCCCGGGGAGUCCUAAACUUUGACGGAUCCUUCGACCGUGCGGAAGGACCGGAUCUCGACGCUCCUGACGUUAGGACAGACGAAUGCGGAACGGUGGAAAGAAGUCGACCGUUCGAGGUGAGCCCGCGAUAUUUCCUUCGAGCCCGGAGGCAUCUUUCAAGAACGGCCAGUUGCCCCGACACCGCGGAAAAUGCUGCUGCUCAAAAGCUUCUUCAGGCGCAUCGCCAAGGACUUCCGGCAGAAGGAGUUGCUGCCUCUGAAAAUGAUAUUCUUCGUCCAGGCGUCGACCCUGUUCGUCCUGUAUCCCUACUUGACCAUUCACAUGAGAGAGCUGGGGAUCAACGUGGAGGAGACGGCGAUAAUGAGCGCGGUUACUCCAUUCGUAGCUAUCGUUAUGCCGCCUCUGGCCGGGUUGGUCGCGGAUCGAAUCGGCAAUUUCAAGAUCUUGCUGGCCUUCUUCUCUGGAAUGGGUGGAGCGGCGUCGCUGCUGCUCCUCUUGGUGCCGGUCGGCCGAGUCACGGUGGACUUCCCGGACAGCGCGGUCUUCGACCUGGGCUGCACCGGAAGCGAGAGCGCGAUGACGUACACCAUGAGUCAGAUUCAUCCCUGCGAGACUCGACUGCAGCCCGAAGUCGCGACGAGGCUCGAGAGCUGUGGGUACGCAUGUCACGUAGAUUUGCACGACCAAGGAGAUCUCGAGGCAAUCCUCGCCUCGAGGUUCUACACGGUGAGACGUUACGACACGUCCACCGGACAGAAUUCCUCGUUCAAGUACACGAUCUCGAAGAGCGACCUGCCCCGGGAGGUGGCCGCGGUGGACGACGUCAGGGAGCACCGCAAGCUGACCAACAACGAGUUCUACAAGACGUCCAUUCGGCAGCUCUCGAAGAGCACCUUUUUCUUUCCGACCAGCCAAUUGUUCGAGUUCAAUUGUUCCCAGAUCUUUUCGGAAGGAAGGAACACCACGGAGGAGGAAUUAAUCUCCGAGGACCGAACGUUUUGCACCUUUGGGCAGUUAUUGCCCGACGUGAGAGGCAAUGCCAGCGAAGAAUUUAACUCCCGCUCGUACAAGUCGAUACUGAAGAGUCUGAACGCGACGGACAUUGAUUUGCUAGAGGAGAAAAGAAGGUACCGGGUUGAAAAGUUAGCAUGGAACAGCGACGACCCGUACCCCGUGAUCUGCGAAAAUCCGGAUCGAAUUGCCCAGAAGGUAUCGUUGAGCUUGCCACUGGUCAAUUACACGACAGGAGGAGAUCCUUACAAGACUCUUCUCAUCGAAGCCUGCAGUAAGAGAUGCAUCGUGACCGCACCUCGUAAAGACGUUUGCGCAAAUAUGCAGACCGAAAUCGAGUACGACGUUCGGUUGACCUUUUGGCUUUAUCUUGCUAUCAGAGUGUUUAUAGGAAUGAUCGGGGGGACAGCAUUUGCCAUGUUCGAAGGCGCCUGCAUAGCCAUACUGAGGGAGCAGAAAGCGGAUUACGGUUUGCAGAGGAUUUAUGGCAGCAUAGGUGGGAUGAUUUCCUCGCCACUGUCGGGCUUAAUGAUAGAUUAUGCCAGCAGCGGAAAGGAAUAUACGGAUUUCAGACCGGCAUUCUAUUUGUAUGCAGCGCUUAAAAUCGUAGGAGGAGCUCUCAUGUUGACUAUUAACCUGGAAUUUAAACGGCCGUCAAGUAACGUUAUCAGUGACGUGAUCGGCGUGCUGAAAAAUAUCGAAAUCGUGGCUCUGCUCAUCGCAUGUUUUGUAUUAGGCACGGCUUGGGGUUACAUCGAGUCCUUCCUAUUUUGGCUCCUGCAGGAUCUGGGUGGGUCCAGAUCAUUGAUGGGAAUUACUAUAACGGUUGGAGGAAUUGCGGGUGUUCCUUUGCUCGUCAUGUCUGGGCCAAUUAUCGAGAAGAUUGGACACGCCAAUGUGCUAUUUGUGGGAUUCGUCUUUUACGCCAUCCGACUCUUAGGGUACUCUAUGAUAUACAAUCCCUGGCAUUGCUUGAUUUUUGAAGCUAUGGAAUCGGUGACUUCCUCUCUUAGCUUUACAGCUGCGGUGACUUAUGCUGCUAGACUGUCAACCACCACCACUGACAGCUCGAUACAAGGGUUGCUGGCAGGCUUAUACUACGGAGUUGGCAGGGGCUGCGGCAGCUUGAUCGGAGGAUAUCUAAUGAAAGCCUUUGGCACUCGUCCCACCUAUCAAAUCUUUGCGGUCGUAUCUUUAGCGACCGGCGUAAUUUACUACAUUUUUAACAUGGCUUACCUGAAGAAGCGUCCUCAGGUCGAGGGUAAUGACAUUGUAAAGAAGAAGCCCAAGCCUCCGAAGGACACGGGUGGCCUGGAAAAUGGAACUAUCGAGAUGAAAGCCUCAACGAAAGACGGUGUCAACGAAAAAAUCAUCGCUGGAACGGAGAACAAGGCUUUUGCCGAUGAUUCCGAAAAAGAGAAUCCCGAGGUAGAUUCCAAUGAAAUCGAAACUACCAACAACGCGAAAAAUCUAGACAAGAUCGAGCGGAUUUCGGAUAAGAAGAGAAAGAGCGUCGAUCUAAAAAUCGUCUCCGACGAUCACGAAAAAGAUGGCCCUCGUAAAAGGAUUUUAGACAGUGGAGUCAAUAAUCCAGCAUUUGAAAGGGAAAAGGACGGAAAGUACGACGUAAUCGUCGAAAGAGAACCGGAAAUAAAGAAAUAACCGGAUGGCCAUUCCGAGGGUUUCGGAGGACGAAGCUCGAAAGUGUCCUAAGGUGAUUAUUUGCGAAACCGCGAGUUUUGCGUUGUACAGUAGUCUUAAUGCAACUAGUGACGGUACAAUUAACGGAACGUUGAUUUUUUUUUUUAAUUUAUAAGUAUUUAUGUUUCGACGUAGUAUUGCUAGACGUAAGACCUUCCCCGUGGAAACUCCGCCUCGCACCGUCAGUCAAUCGAACAUGAUUAUUCCUAUAAGACGGUUUACUCUGUAUUUAUUAUACAUUUAACGGUAGUUAAGGUUUUGAUCGCACCGACGAUUGUGAAAAAUCCACUUUUAGAACACGUCACUUUGACUUAAUGAAUCAUUGGGAAUUGUAUCGUAUAUUUUAUAUGCGUUUAUCGCACGUUAGUUAGAAAUUUCUUACCUCCUAAGGGAAACAAAAAUGUAGCAUAUGUAUAUUUUUAUCAGUGAAGUGUGUUGAAGAUUAAAAAAAAACAUCAAGUAAUA